AUGAAUAUGCAUUCCUGGGAAAAUAUUCCAGAAUACUUUGCCUAUGAUGUGACACUUACUACAGCUAACAACACUCCACAAGGACCAGAAUGCGAUAUAGCAGAAUCCAUCCGAGACAUUGAUCCUAUUCGACAUAAGGAUGACUCUCACAAGAGUGAUACCCCACAUAAGGUUGAUCCCUUUAAGACUGAACAUCACCGGGCAGAUCUUGCAGAAGCAUUAAGACAAGUUGAACCAAUCAAGUCCAAAGAUGACCUUGGUGAAGCCUUGAGACAGAUUGAACCAAUCCGAUCAAAGGAAAGAAGCAGAGAGAGGGAAGAGAAAGGGAAGGACGAAACACAAACGAUUAACAUUAGAGAAUUCUCGUCUUGCACCAAGGUCUCCUCUAACAUGACAACCAUGGUGACUACAACAGCAACAACUGUGUCAUCUCUAGCAGCUACAACAAACUCUUCAUCGUCAACCUCUGAAAAUGAACACAAAAAUAUCAAGAAUGAGGCAGUUGUGAGACGUAGGAAUGCCCACUCUAGGAGGUACGACGAGCGGCGGAGCAUGGUGGAACUUCGUACUCUGGAGCAGGCUGGUGACGGCGGGGUCGGCCACCACUACCCCUCCCACCAACAUGACAGCAGUGAGUCCUCAUCUUCAGAUUCUGCCGACGGCUUCAUAACAACUAACAGGACACUUCACGUAAGAUCCUCGUACGUGAGCACGGCCAUGGACGCCUCAGAGAUCUUGCAGCAGUCACCCAUCUUCAAGAACAAGACCUCGUCAUCAUCGUCGUCGUCACCUGAACAGAGCAGGUCCGAGAAAGAGGCACCCAGAGGCUCUUCUCCCUCCUCCAACAUCAACGCCAGGUUAGCAGCACUACAAAAGAGUGGAGAGGAUGGCUGGAAAAAUCGUGUCAAGAAAGAUGGAAAAGAUGUCAAUUCCAAUGUUACACUUCGACUUAAACCUACUGGAAGUGUGCGGGAACGCCCUGUUAGUCUCAUGGAUAGGGUGUCGGCUCUGGAAACCUCAUCACAACAAUGGAAAGGUCGAAUCACACAGUCUGAUGCUACAAAGUUUACUGUGGCACAUAAGAUGGCUUCAUCUACAUCAUCAGUGCCAUCUGUUGUCAGUGGGAUUAAUCCAGUUAUCACUGUGACACCAGAGCCACCAUCCACUCCGACAGGAAGUCCACUUGUGGAGCGUAAGAAGCGGUCACCAUGCCAAAGUGUUUUCAAGAGCAAGACUGGAGGAAAUCUUCCAUUACUUUUAAAUAAAUCUAGCCCACUUAAUUCACGCAAGGACUUUAGACGGAGUAUUUCUACACCAAAUGACGGAGAGAAAAAGGGUGAGCAUUUUCUCAGUGAAGCAUUAGUUUGUCCCAUAAAUUAGAUGAAUUGGGUUACU